AGUCUUCUCCACUCCACCCUCCGCUUCCUCUGCCCCCCUCCGGCGGUCCCCGGCCCUCCCCCCUUCCCGGUGGGGCUGCGCAGCUUCCCCGAGUCCCCUCCCCGCCCCGCCCCUGGUUUUAAACCUGGCGCGGGUGCGAGCGGGUAGGUGAGCGCGCUCGGCGGGCGAGCGGGACUGGGCGCCGACCGUCGGGCUGCCGGACUCGCGUGCCGCCGGCACCAUGGGACCCGAGGCGGCAGCCGGAGCCUCGGAGGCUCGCGGACGCCUCUGCCACUGUCCCGGGGACGAUCCCGGGAGGCCACCGCUGCCGCGUGGGCCCGAAAGUUCCGUUCCAGCUCUGUGGAGACCGUGGAUGCCGCUUCCUGGAGAUGCCGAGCUGACCAGAACUGGAAGCCCGUGUGAGCCUUGUGGGACCCAACAGACCCUAGGAUCAAAGGGAGCCUUUGGGUUCCAGCACCCUGUCAGACUUUACUUACCCCUUUCAAAGCGUCAAGAAUACCUGCAGAGUUCUGGGGAAAAGUCUGGCCAGCUUCCAGUGCAAGCCACUAUUCAUUUCUACAACGAUGAAUCUGAGUCAGACUCUGAGGAGGAAGAAGAGGAGGCCCAGCCCAGCCAUCUUCAGAGCUGGGAGGCAGAAGGACAGGGCAGUGGUCCCGGGGGAAAGGGCAGAGCAGGGUGGCAAGCCUGUCGGAGGAAGGGUGGCUCCGGGGUGAGGGUCAGCUGCGCACAGGGGGCAGUGAGCAUUCCAGCGAAUGAAGUGAGUCUCUCCCAUGCUGGUCCCCUGUCCUGGGGACAGCCUUGCCGGACUCGGCCCUUGUCCAGCUUCCUCUGCUGGGAGUGCAGAGGCUGGGACUCCGCUCAGCACCUGCAAAGGCCAGGGACUUCACUUUUACUUUUUAUUUUCCUGGUCAUGCGUGUGUCUGGGUGUGUGCACGCGCAUGCGUGUGUGUGUGUGUGUGUGUGUGUGUGUGUGUGUGUGUGUGUGUGAGAUCCAUACCUUUGGGGAAGGUUGCCUGACAGAGAUGUGUGUCAACACAGGCUGUUAUCAGGAAGAAGGUGGUCAGAGCUCAUUCAGCUCUCACUCUGAAAGUUACUCCUUCAUAAGCACACCACCCCUCCCUUGCCCAGAGACCCAUUAUCUAGCCAUUCUUGCUUUCAUAAAAAUAAUUAGAUAUUAAUUCCCAUUUUAAGGGUUCAUUUGGUUACUCAGUAGCUGUAUGAAAAAAAUAUUUUUAUUUGUGAAAAAAACAAAAAUUGAGACACUGAAUAAUUGACACUGGAAUAAGAACAAGAAGAUACAGCCAGGUGGCGGUGCCACAGGCCUUUAAUCCCAGCACUCGGGAGGCAGA